AUGCGCAGUCCUCGGGCUGGCCCGGCGCACCUUUUCUCGCUGCAGCCACAUUGUGAGCGCUCGGCCCUGCAGAUAACCGCCGGCUCCCCGCCCCGCCCCCGCCCUCGCCCACUCCGCCCACUCCCGGGCGCCCAGGAUCCCACACUCUGCCCUUCCCAGCCCAGCCCAUUUGGGUUCCCAAGAACUGCAGUCCAGCCAGCGGCUCAUCCACCGCCCAGCUCCAUGGGAAGAUUCGGCUCAGCCAGACCCAAGCCAACGGCAGCUGCUUGGAAACGCGGGCUCUGGGCUUUCCCAGAGCAGUGGCCGCCCGCCCGACCCAGGCCCCGGGCGCUUUCCCACCGGCCCUCAGGAGGAAGAGAAGGACCAAGGUGAUGAAAGACAGCUGAGCCACGCUCCAGAAUACAAGCUUCCUUUGUUCUCCUGGGUAAAUGCAAUACACAGUGUUUCCGAUGUGGAGGGCUGAUAAAGUUAGGACAGCAGUUGGUUCCCUGGGACCAAAACCCACGACUGAAGAACUUUUGCCCAAAUCAAAUCCUUUGUGGAAUGAUGAUGCCCAAACGGAGGUGUGACAACUCAUCCGUGAUAAAAUUCAAGCAAGCAUCCUGUCUAUGUUCAUUUUUUCUUUCUUUCUUU